CGGAAAUGUCUUCGGAUGUCAGGAAUGCAAGUGGAUAAAAAUGGAUAUAAAUAGUGCGAUGAAAUUUUGCUUGCUGUUCAAUUCAAAAUCUGUGCACACCAACAACAUGAUUAAGAAGCAUUGUCUGAUACUGCCGUUUGUUUGGACGUUGUUUCAAAUGUCCUACGUGCUGUGCAAUGAAUUAUCUCCGGAACAAAACAAUGAAUUAAACAGGCUGAUCAAGAAUUACAGUGAAAUCUAUGGCCUUUACAAGACUGCUGAAUGCGUAGCAUUAUUGGCAGUCAGAAAAAACGAAACCAUUCGGUAUGCGAAAGACUUUAACGAAGUUAUAAGCGACACCAAGUUUCAGAUAUCUAAGAUAGCAUGGGUGGAUUCUCUGAACGAUUAUAUGCAUUACAAAGGCUUUCCGAUGCACCACUAUUCUGAUACUUUAAAAGAUAUUCGCUCCAAAUUGGAAGAAAUGAAAUCGAAAAUUGACCUCACUACAGUCUACGAUAACUUCGUGAAGUUUCUUCGAAAUGCAUGGACGGCAAGAAAGGAUCUGUAUACAAAAGCAGCUUUGUACUAUAAAGCUGAGGAUAGGUCUGAGAAUGCACAUCCAAAUCAACUAAUGUUCGAAGACAAAUUGGGGAAACCUAUUGAAAAGGAAUUUAUCAAAUCAAGAGAUAAUGCUGAGCGGAAAUGUCUUCGGAUGUCAGGAAUGCAAGUGGAUAAAAAUGGUACGAAAGAUGAAUGAAACACAGUGGACAUGGACUGUUCAUUAACUGAUAAAUUUUUAUUCUGUGGUGAUGGUGGUGUUUUACUAAUUCAUAUCAAUAAACAUUUUCUCAUUCUCAAAAUCAGUUGUGCUUACAACCAGUCGUUGUGUCUUUCAUAUAAUCUACUUAUAUGACUGAAGUUUAACCGAUGUGUUAUUGUGUAAACGCAGGAAACCAAUCCUCUCGUUUUGCUGAAUAGCUGACCAAAACUAACUUGAUGAAGAAACAGUAGAAAACUGUCACGAU